AUGGCAGUGGUCGACAGCAACCUGAAGUUUGUUGCCGUUGAUGUGGUUGCCUAUGGGCGGCAGAGCGAUGGGGAACACUUCAGCAACUCUAGAUUCGGCCGAGCUUUGGAGAAUAGCCUGCUGUGUCUUCCACCGCCGCAGCGACUACCUGAUGACACCACCAUUGCUUCACAUGUGUUUGUCGGUGAUGAAGCUUUCCAGCUUCGCCCAGACUUUCUACGGCCCUAUCCGGGGACUCGACUUGAAGAUGACAAACGAAUAUUCAAUUAUCGCCUGAGCCGCGCAAGGAGGUGCGUGGAAAAUGCUUUUGGCGUCAUGACAUCAAGGUUCCGAAUAUUCAGGAGAACCAUAAACCUGCUACAUGAAAACGCUGACUAUGUUGUCAUGGCGUCGUGUGUUCUCCACAACUUCCUAUCGGAAGACGUCUUCUACAUGCCCACCCAUUAUGCGGAUAGAGAGGAUCCGUAUGGAAAUACAACGAAUGGCCAGUGGCGCUCAGCAGCGGACGCAGAAGGAACUGCGGUGAUUCAACUACAGCCUCCU